AUUUUCCGCUUCGCCAUUUUGUCCUGCUGCGCCGGGUAUUUAUCAGAGAGUCGUGACUAUCCCGUUUACACUGCUAGUUAGCUGCUCAGACGGGUUUCACUUCAAGUCUGUGGCAUUUGAUAGGUUUCGCGAAGUGCGAUUUUUGCGUCCAUACUUAUAAUAAAUUUUGUAUAUUUAGUUUAUUUUUAUACUGUGUGAGUAAGAAUGUCGGCCGAAAGCCCCGCAUAUUCUCCGUUCUUUGCAGUGAUGGGAGCCUCUGCGGCUAUGGUGUUCAGCGCCUUGGGAGCAGCCUAUGGCACGGCCAAGAGUGGUACAGGGAUUGCCGCCAUGUCUGUGAUGAGGCCGGAGCUCAUCAUGAAGUCAAUCAUCCCUGUAGUCAUGGCGGGUAUUAUAGCCAUCUACGGCCUGGUAGUAGCAGUGCUGAUUGCCAACAACAUCUCAGAAACAGUCUCUCUCUACAAGAGUUUCCUCCAUCUGGGCGCUGGGCUGAGCGUGGGCCUCAGCGGGCUGGCGGCAGGCUUCGCGAUCGGCAUCGUGGGAGAUGCAGGCGUGAGGGGCACAGCUCAGCAGCCGAGGCUUUUUGUGGGCAUGAUCCUGAUUUUGAUUUUUGCUGAGGUCUUGGGUCUUUACGGGCUCAUCGUCGCCCUCAUCCUCUCCACGAAAUAAAACAAACACCCAAACAUCUCCACUACAAGAUCUGUCCUUAAUGUUGCUGCUGGAGAAAAAGUUUUAAACGGGAAAAAAUUGUAAAAAGAAAGAUAAUUCUGCCACACAAGAUGAAAGGCGGGGAAAAAAUGAAUUAAAAUGGCUUCAUAAAUAUGGUCUUAUCUCAACAAUGUGUACAGUCGUCCCAAUUUGAUAGUCAACUUGUAAAUGCGCAAUGUAGUGAUUUGUCUGUCGUGUGUGUGUGUGUGUGUGUGUGUUUCAAAACAGUUGUAUGAUGAAGAUUCCUUUUUUUCCCUCCACUUAUUUCUGGCCUUAGGGCUGGCUGAGGCAGUCCGGCCUCUGGUUAUAGAGAGCUGACCAAAGGGCCGCACAGCUGUUUCUCCUCCUAUAUCAACCUGGGAGUGACACAAUUUCUGCAUUAAUCUCGAGGAUCUAUUUGUAAAGAGAAAUGUAUAUGGACUUAAGAUUUUUUUCCACUGAUUUUAUUUAUAAGAAAUUGUUCAUUGAACUGUUUAAUGCAGCAAAGUCUUUAAAUCCCCAGGAUAUAUUAUACAUAUUAUAUACAGACAUAUAGAUAGAUUUAAUGCACUGUGGGGUAAUUGUGAUAAGUGGUUGGAAUUCCUCUGGAUGUAAUUCUUGGUUUAAUAAUUAAGAUUGCCUUUAGUAUGUUGCUGGUGAAGUGGGAGUUUUUGUGUGUAGCUGUAUUCUAAUCAUUACGCAAACAUUCUCAAACUUCAGUGUUUUUCCUGUAGUACUGCUGUUUGCAUUAAAGGUGUGUGUGCCCCGUGUUGGGUGUCACAAGUGUAAUUUCCAAAA